AUGUCUCGUCCUAUCAUCGUUGUCGCGGGUGUGGGAAACGGUUCAGGCACUGGUGGUGCAACUGCGCGAGUGUUCUCCAAAGCUGGGUACCGUGUCGCGCUCAUUUCCCGCGCCGGAUCUGGGCUCCAAAAGACGACGAAUGAGAUCAAGCAGGCCGGCGGCGAGGCUGUCGCGUUCCCUAUUGAGUCGUACAGCUACCAGUCCCUGACAAACGUCUUCGACACCAUCCGCACGCAUAGCUGGAAAGACACAUCCGGCACAGCGCCCGAGAUCCGCGCCGCGCUCUGGAACGGGGGCGUAGGGGUAUGGAAGCGGUUCUUCGAAGUCACCGAGAGGGACCUACAGCUCACCGCGGAGACGAACGUCCAUGGCGCGUUCGCUUUCGCGCGCCAGGUCAUCCUCGCGUUCAGGCAGAACGAAGUGGAUGAACUGGGCAAGCGUGGCACACUGCUCUUCACCGGCGCGACGGCGAGCCUGCGCGGGAAUGUGCCGACGAGCGCGUUCUCGGCAGGCAAGUUCGCGCUCCGGGCGCUCAGCCAGAGCCUCAACAAGGAGUUUGGGCCGGAGAACAUCCAUGUUGCUCACGCCAUAAUUGACGGAAACAUCUUAACGGAUGAGUCGCUCACGUUCGUCGACGAGACCAGCAAGGAGAUCUUCAAGGGGAACGCAAAUCUACGCCUCGAUCCCGAGAGCAUUGGAAAGAGCUACCUUUACCUUGCGAAGCAGGACAGAUCAGCGUGGACCUGGGAGCUCGACCUCCGCCCCGCGCACGAAAAGUGGUGA